AUGGCCUCCGCGCCCCCUGUCGCGCGAGUCGACUUCUCGUCGCUCCCGCUUUGGCCUUCGCAAACCCCACUCUCGCCUCGACCGCUCACUCGCUCGCUCGAAAACCGCUGCGCCGCUUGUGAGUUCAUGGCUAUCACUUCUCACGAGUCUGGCGAGGGCGUCGUCGAACCGGCUCAAGGCGCGGUUGCGAGGGAAGCCUUCUCGACACGUCCGCAGAUCCGCACGACCCGGCUCGCCUCUGCGACCGCCUCGCACGACGAAGACGUCGAAGAGCAGGACAUCAGCGACUCGACCUCGGAAGACUCGUCCGACAUGGACCAGGAGCGACCUCCGCAUCACCACGCCUGGCCCGCCCAACUCGACCACCCGCUCGCAGACGUGCUCAUCGCGGAUGGAACCGACGGGGUGGCUCUGGGGUCGCCUUAUUUGCCUUAUUCGCCAGCGGAGCAGGUGAGGAGGCGCAUGGAGGCGAGGACGAGGGAGGGAGCGGACGCAGGAGAUGGUUCGGAGGUGGAGGAUGAGAGCGGCGAGGGUGAGGGUGAGGAAGGGGAGGGCUCGAGCGGGGGUGAUGACGAGGGUGAACUGGAGAACGAGGACGGAGAGAAGGAGGAGACAGAGGGAGAGGAGGCCGGAGGGUCCUCCGGCAAUGAGUCUUGA